GUGAAUGAUUUGUUUUGGUGUGAUGUCAUAGUUGGGAGGGGGGCUCUAGGAAAAGAUUUAAUAUUUCUGAACAUGUAUAUCUGCCUCUUUCAGUAUCCCCAUAAUCUUCAUUUAUUCUCCAAUACACGUCAAUGUAAACAGAAAGAGCAGUACUGUACCGGAUAAUGUACACGUAAAUGGUCAAGAUGGUCAGGACGAGAAGUGUAUAUAAGACACUGGGACAAAUUCAGGACCCAGGGGAUAGAAGCUUGAAGCAAACCUAAAAGAAGGUGGAGGAAAGUGGAUUGUUACUGCGAUAAAUGUGCACAGGAAUUAUGGCAACUGACAGUGAUGUAGAGGCCUACUUGAAUCAACUGAGCAAAAAGACUUACACUCUGAAACAGGAUGCUAAAACUUUGGUCUACUCGUCAUCUCGUCCUACAAGUACAGCGGAAGAGCCUUCUGAUGAUGAGUUGGAAUCGUCUGAUAAAAGUAAUUCUCCAGUCAGAACACACAAGUUGUCCAGUCUGACACAGAGAAAAGAUAUAGAAUCUCUCUCAGACAUAGCUGCACUUAGUAAAAAAUAUGAGGAUACUGGGCACAGAAAAACAUAUUCAUAUGAUAAAAUAAGUAAUUUAGAGGAAAAAUACUUAAAGAAACAUAAGGCCAGUAAGGAUGUAGCAAGGUCAGAGAUUUCCAAGUCUACCAAUAGACAAGUGAAGAUUGGUUCUGACCAUGCUGCUUACAGGAGACAGCCUCGACUAAUGAGUGAUAGUUCAUCAGUUGAUGAAGAACUGGCUCGGUAUCUGAAUGAAACCUCCCUUACAGAUGAACUAGAUGGAAACUUACCUGGUGCUGGUGCAGUUACUAAGAACCAUUCCUCUAGUGAAAUAUGUGAUGAUAGUAUAGAUGAAGUCAUUAAUUUUAAUAAUAUAUUGACAGUAAAUGAUAUUUUGGGUCAAGUGACCGAUAGUGACAGUAAAUCUGAUCACAAAAGUGUUAGCCGCAAAUGUGAAGGAGAAAUUAUCAGUAAGUCCAAAAAUUCAGUGAAUGAGAAGGACUUGGCAGGAGCCAUAGGGAGUGAUAUUGAUGCAAGUGGUAAAACCUCCCUAUUUGUAAAAAAUAAGAAUACAGCCUCCAAUAGUUUACAAGUUAAAUUAUCUGAUGUUGAUAAUAAAGACCCUUCACAAAUUUCUAAGCAUAAGAAAUUUCCUGAUAACAAGGAAAAGGAAAAGAACAUAUUGUUAAAUUCCAGGAAAAGUUUGUUUUAUUCGGGUAACCAGCAAGAUGAUGAUAGUGAUGAACCAGUGGGAGUACUUUUAGCACAAACUUCAAGCAAUGUCUUUCAUUCAUCACGGAGAAACUCUUUAAUUGAAUUUAAGAAAGAGAGUAUAACAAAAUCUAAAACCUCAAAAUCUAACACAAAAAAUAAUAAUAAGCCAAAGUUAAAUUCUGACGAGAGUAUUUUAGAGAGUAUUGCUACCUCCAUUAGGAGCAGUACCGUUGCAUCUGUAGUAGAAACUGAACCUGGAACCAUUUCUAGCAUUGAUCAGGAGGUUGAGGAGAACUUCGUUAAGAGUGCUGGUGGUAGUCAAGCAGGAGAAAGUCAGAUACGGGAAAGAAUACAAAAGGAUGCAUUAAAUGGUGCUUCAGAUACUGAACAAAGCUUAUCAUUAAAGGUGUCAUCACCAGUUUCGAGAGAAUGUUCACAAGAUAAUCACAUGCAAGAAAAAUAUACUACAAGCCAAUCUACAAGAAAACACAAAAGACCAGAAUCAUCACGACAAAGAAAUGGAUAUAAAUCGAAGAAUAUUGUAGAUACUGAACGAAGAACUAAAUAUAAAAAAUCAGACAGAAGCUCGUCGAAACACACCAGAAAAAGUCGGCAACAUUCAAACUGUAAAAAGAACAGAAUAUCUACUUCAGAGUCAUCAAGUGAGAGUGGGACUUCUGAUUCAGAAUCAGAUUGUCACCACAGAUGUCAUUCACGGCACAGGAAACACAGGUCAAAGCCUGUUUUCAGUCCCUGGUUUGGACUUCCCCACAUGCAGUUAUGGCCUCAACACCAUCAAACAUGUGCUGCAUCAACGGAGAUUUUUUCUCAUUAUCCCAGUCCUCUUGUAGCUGAAGGGUUAUUUGGGAUGAGUAGUUUGGUUGGUGUUAAGGAUGUAAUGCGUCAACAAGUAGCCUUAACGAGACAGUUCCUUGAUAGUCAGCAGGCACUGUACCAUGCCUAUACUGCCACUCUGACCUCCUCGCACCGCUACACCUCUCUCAGCAACACAGAAAAGUAUAUAAAGAAGAGGAAACCUCCAUUAACAUUCAGUGAAGCUUACAAAUUGGUAAAAGAAGAAAUGAAGGCCUCAGAAGGAUAAUUAUGUGAAAUGAAUAGUUUAAUUUAUUUUUAUAAACAUUAUUUUAUUAAAGAAUGUGAAGAA